UCACUCAAACGAAAGCUAUUUUAAUAACUUCCGCGUAAUGCAUGUGUUUAUGUACAUUAACAACGAUAAUAGUUGUCUACAUUAGUAACUGACGUCUGUACACAAUUGUUCCAGUUUACUAGGUUCUUUAAAAAGGGUUUUAUCUCGUAAACGUUUCGAAAGCGGAAUGUUUCUUCGCCGUAUUUUUUUCACCGCCGGUACAUUUUAGGACGAGCGCGACCAGGAAGCAGAGUGCAGACACUGAAAACAUUACGCUCAGAAAUUGUUUAUCAAUGUUAUUCUAUUAAAGUAACGCUGGAGGAAGCGAUCGCACUGCUUGAGCUGUAUCUCGUGGUCAUGAUUAUAUCUUUCUCAUGGGCUGUUUAUUUUAUGUUCGUGUCUAAGGCUGGUGUGGGCAAGAAUUAUGGAAUAGAUUGGUGAAGAUGGGUUUGACUCUUUGAGAUGGUGAAGCUGGCUCUGUAGGCUCACUGAAGGCGUGGAAAUGGACUUCUCCAAGUUCCUGGCAGAUGAUUUUGAUGUGAAGGGCUGGGUGAAUGGAGCUUUUAAAGUGGUUCAGAAAGAUGCACCUGGUAAAACAGACGCUCACGCUUCUACUCUGGUCAUGAAGCUGCAGCUGUUCAUUCAAGAGGUCAAUAACUCUAUAGAAGAGAGCAGCAGUCAGGCCCUGCAGAAUAUGCCGCGUGUAUUGAGAGAUAUCGAAGCUCUGAAACAGGAGGCGUCUUUCCUGAAGGAUCAGAUGAUUCUGGUUAAAGAGGACAUCAAGAAAUUCGAACAGGACACAGUGCAGUCUAUGCAGGUGUUGGUGGAGAUUGAUCAGGUGAAGUCUCGUAUGCAGUUAGCAGCAGAAGCACUACAGGAAGCUGAUAAAUGGAGCACUCUCAGCGCAGACAUCGAGGAGACUUUUAAGACGCAGGACGUGGCUGUGAUCAGCGGUAAACUGACCGCCAUGCAGGGUAGUUUGGUGAUGCUGGUGGACACACCAGACUACAGUGAGAAGUGUGUUCAGCUGGAGGCUCUGAAGAACCGUCUGGAAGCUCUGACCAGCACACAGAUCGUCUCCACGUUCAACUCGCUGGCUACAGAUCAAGCAAAGCUUUUUGUACGAGUUUUUACCGAAAUGGACAGAAUGCCGCAGUUACUGGCUUACUACUAUAAAUGCCACAAGGCACAACUGUUGAGCGUGUGGGAAAGCAUCUGUCAGUCAGACGCGCCUCUGAAGCAGCAGCUCUCUGAGUUUUACGACACUCUUCUGUCUACGUGGCACACACAGCUCCAGUGGAGCAGUCAGGUCUUUAAAAACCCCUGUGAAGUGCUCACCGUGCUGAUGAUCCAGACGUUGGGGGCGAUGGUGCCGACUAUCCCAGACUGCAUUGCUGGGGCACUGAAGCGUUACACUGGCGAUUGUCGUGUGGAUGUGCUGUUGGAGCUCCAUCAGACGGCGGCGAACUUCAGUCGCAGCCUGGAGGCAGCAAUGCAGCCGCAGCUCAGUGAGUGUAACCUCUUGAAGGUGGCAGAGCUGGUAUCAUGUGUUUAUUCGCCUUAUAAGACUUAUCAGAUGCAGUACGGAGAACUAGAGGAGACAAACUUACUGAUCCAGCUCAGUGCUGUUCCUCUGGAGCGUGGUGAGGUUCUGGACUGCGUGUUAGAGCUCACACACUCGGUUCAGAAGGUGUUUGGUUUGGCGGCGGCUGCCGUGGAUCGCUGUGUGAAGUUCACGGAUGGUCUCGGCGUGUGUGGGCUCAUCAAAGCCCUGCGAGCGCUUUUCAGCAAGUACGUGUCAGACUUCUCUGUCACGCUUCAAUCAAUCAGGAAGAAGUAUAAGUUAGAGGACACGCCCACUUCUGAGGUGUUCACUGAGGAUUGGACGGCUUUCCAGAACUCUGUCAGAAUCAUUGCAACCUGUGGUGAGCUACUCAGACAAUGUGGAGCAUUUGAACAGCAGCUUUCAAACAAACCUCUAGAAGUCUCCAGAAUAUCGUCACCCUUCUUCGCGCCAAACCGGACUCUCUCUGUAGGCGACGACGUCCCUGAGCUGGAGAACACGGCGGAUUAUUGGCUGGGUUCUAUCGCCAGGGCGACCAUGCAGACCUAUUGUGAUGUCAUCCUGCAGCUUCCUGAGCUCAGCCCGCAUGCAACCAAACAGCUGGCAACUGACAUAGAUUACCUGAGUAAUGUGAUGGAUGCGCUGGGGUUGCAGACCUCUAGAAGUCUCCAGAAUAUCGUCACCCUUCUUCGCGCCAAACCGGACGAAUACCGGCAGACGGCCAAACCCCUCCCGCGCAGACUGGCCUCGGCCAUCGCCACCAUGAGAGGUCUGGAGUACUGACCCCACCGCAGGCCAGGAGCAGAUGGGCCAAUAUGUGUUGAAGGGUUUUCAUUGUUGCCGAAACAAACACCAAAAUGUGACACUAAACAGAUCUAAUAUUUCUCAACAAACACAAUAAAUCUAUAAAUGGCACUUUUUGUUAAUUAUGUUUUUAACAAAUUUUAACUGAAGUUGAUGGUUUGGGAAAAUAAAAAAUAGUCGGGCACUAAAUUUUGCAGAAAAGAAAAUGUUACAGUGAUCCUGUUUUGUCUUGCUGGAGUUUCUUCUGCUUAUUGUUGGCUCCAGGCAUUUCAUUGAAAUGGUACAAUGAAAGAUGGUUCGCAUAUUUAUUUUUUGUGUUUUGCAUGUUUGCCAUUAUUUCUCUUGGUCAGUAAUAAACAUGCGCACGCUUGUGUUUCUGGUUUGUCAAGCUACAUGGUAACUUUCUGCUUUUCAUGUCUGGCUUUCUGAAUUUGUAUUUCUGUUUUCUUUGCUCACAUGGGAAGUUUCAUACAGCAUUUGAGGAAUGUUUUCAAUUCUGUUCAUUUGUUAACAAAAUAAAACCAACUUCUGAACAGAUUUAAAGCAUUGUUUUGUGUUUUACAGUUCAUAUUAAAUCUGGCCUGUGUUAAGUUUUGUAGUGCAAAAAUUUGGAUAAACAAUGGUCAACAUUGUAAUAGUAAAUAUCACGAAAUUAUCAGAUUGCC